AUGUCUCUUGCAACGAUGAAUAUGCUGUCAUCUGUUGACCUGAAUCCUUCCAGUUUCUCCAAGCUUCUUUGCACCAGGCUUUACGCUCACAUCGUUCGACCUCAGCUUGAAUAUGACCUAGCUAUCAAUCGCUUCAUGGUCUCUCAACUUCACGCUCUAGAGGAAGCCCAGAAUAAUUGCAUCAAGAAAAUAUACGGUGUUCGAGGCAAAGCGUCCACUAAGGUUAUAUUCCACAUGUCCAAGCUACCCCUCAUGUCGGAACGAAAGAUGCACUGCUUGCUUGUCUGUUACCUUAUAUCCGCAAUACCAAAGGAAGCUAGUGAACCCGAUACUCGCUCACUCAAGACUGCUAAACAGCGCUUUUUGCAACAGAAUAUAGAGAUCCACCAACGAUGCCGAAACUCCAAAUUGCUUUCUAGCUGUCGUCGAUCAACCUCUCUGGAUCCUAUACUCUGGUUGCCCAUGUCCAACUCAGAGCGCAGUCGCUGUAUACGCUGGAGAUUAGGCUGGCUUCCUGGUGGCAAACCUCGACCAUGUCCUAAGCACCCAACGCAGCAGCUAUCUAAGAAUCACGCUAUUAGUUGCCUUGAUAUGCAUCGACGUCUGUUCAUGCCUGAAACAAUACGAGAUCCAUUGUCAUUCCUUCUGAAUAUGCUUCCUUUAUGCCCCUCGGUUCCCCCAAACCUAACUCUUAUCUGGUCUCAGCGAUGGCCGAUUAUAUGUUCCUUACUACAUGAAUUAGAUCAGCUAUACCAUAACAAAUUGAUCUCUACUAGGCAUCCCUAUGGUCAAAAGCUUCUUGUAUGGUUAAAUCAAUUCCUUUAG